AUGCCGAAGUUUGCUUUUGGCAGUGGCACAGAGGGAAACAAAUUCAGAUUUUACAAAGGGGCCAAAUGCUUCCAACAGCCCGACAGUUAUGUUCAAUUCCAGCCCAAUACUGGCAAUAAUUACAGUAGCAAUUGCCCUUCAGACGGGCAUUUUUACGUUCUGAUACGCUUGCUAGAACGUCGCCAACGUUUGGAAAACUUCGGAAAUAUCCCCGUUGAUGAAUCAGAGUGCAUUAAUCUUACAGUUGGCACCGAUUCCUUCACAGUUUCAAAGCACUAUUUAAUGUCCCUCUCUCCUGUCUUUCAAAAAAUGUUUAAAAACAAUGAACAGGACGAGCAGGAAGGGGAACAUAAGAAAGAAGAACAUCAACAAAAAGAGGUUUUGGUGGAUGAAGCGAGUCCUGAAGCAAUGAAACAAUUUUUGGAAGCUAUUUCACCCAAGCAAGUACAUCCAAAUCGUAAGCGUACUUAUUUUUCUAGAAGGAGCAUAUUUUAA